AUGACUAGGACUACGACAAUCGAAUCGAGUUCCGAUGAGUACUAUGAAAAUACACGGCACUACGUCAUGUGCUCAAAAUUUCUACACAUCCCUCUAUUUCUACUCUAUAUGGAAGGAAAGGCCCAGUCAUCAAUUGCUAACCACUCUUCCUUUAUUGGAGACGAGCACUGGCUUCAACCUCACUUGGACCUAUGCGAAACAUUGGGUCAUCUAAAUGAGUCGCUAUUCUGCUACACUCAUGUUUUCAACUAUCAAAGAUUGAACGUUGAAGUAUUAAGUGAAGACCCUAUCCUUAUUGUCUACCGGAACCUAGCCUCGGCGAAACAGGUGGCCGAUUUCAUAGCAGAUGCCAGACAACUUCAACUCUAUCAACAGGCCGCAAUGGAUAUACAAGAUACGAUUUCAAUAGACUAUGAAUACACGGGUAGAAAAGCCAACGGCACGUGGAGUGACCAUGAAGGAAGUGCUGGGAUUGCAAAACUAUUCAAAAGAGUGAAGGCGAUGAUACCCUUUGUUAGGUUUCACGGAGAGCCAUGGCAGAUCGCCACAAGUCAGAUUCUCUUCUAUCGUCGUGGAGGACACUAUGCACCUCAUCAUGAUUACAUCGAAUACCAAUCACCAAAGCAAUGGGACUAUUGGAAAGUGAUGUACGGAGAACGAUUUGCGACGUUCCUUGUAAUGCUUCAACCGGCAACGAAAGGAGGAGGGACUGUUUUUCCGUUAAUUCACACAACAGUUAUGCCAUCAGCUGGAGAUGCAAUUUUUUGGACUAACACAAAUGUCUAUGAGGAGCAGGAUCCUAGAAGUCUUCAUGGUGCCUGUCCAGUUUGGGAAGGCGAAAAGGUAGCAGCUGUGCUGUGGGUUCGAGGGAGAGACCAGAAGCUGCUUCAAAUGACGUCCAAAAAUGGCAAUAUGGACAUUGAAAAACUAACUAAUCCUAACCUUGUGAACAAGGGAGAUUAUUAA